CUCAGUCUGCUUCAGUCUGCUGCCGCUUUGUUGUCGAGCCGGAGGAGGAGGUCACUCAGUCCGAGCAGCAGUCCGUCACAGCGCACCAGGACCCGCACAGGACCCGCACCGCUCCGCACUUCUCUCCGCAGCUUUUUAGCGCAAAACCAACAUCCGGCAUCAUGGGGAAAGGCUGCCUGACAGCGACCAAGUACUUCCUGUUCCUCUUUAACCUCAUCUUCUUUCUCUGCGGCGCCGUCAUCAUGGGCUUUGGGCUGUGGCUCCUGCUGGACAAUCAGAGCUUCAUCGUCAUCCUGAAUAACUCGACAGCUGUGAAGGUCGGCUGCUACAUCCUGAUCGGAGUCGGAGCUUUCUCCAUGCUCAUGGGCUUCCUCGGCUGCUUGGGAGCCAUUUAUGAGAUCCGCUGCCUGCUGGGCCUGUACUUCACCUGCCUGCUGCUGAUCCUCAUCGCUCAGAUCGCCGCCGGGGCUCUCAUCUACUUCCAGAAGGACACGUUAAAUGAGGAAAUCUCCAAGAUCGUCCCCAAGGUUCUGCACAACUACCCCGGGAACAACUCGACCACGGAGCAGGCCUGGGACUUCAUCCAGAGGACCAUGGAGUGCUGUGGGUGGACUGGUCGUCUGGAUUGGAGUGGUAACCAGGUGAUAGUGAACAGCUCCCAGCUGCUCUUCCCCUGCUCCUGUCAGAACGUCUCUCUGGCCACGGGGAACUUCUCCGACUCUGGAUUCUGUGAGGCUCAGACGCCCGACUGGCCCGUCUACGACAUGGGCUGUGCUGCCAGCGUGGAGAGCUGGCUGCUCACCAACAUCGGGGUGGUCCUCGGGAUCUGCCUCGGAGUCGCUCUCAUCGAGCUGCUGGGGAUGAUCUUGUCCAUCUGCCUGUGCAGAAACAUUCACACGGAGGAUUACACCAAAGUGCCCAAAUUCUAAAGAAGCUCCGAGGAAGAAACAGAAAAAUAGUUUGUUUUUUACACUCUGUAUCUGGUGAAACAUUUUGUCCAAAUGUAAAAUAAUUUGAUUCUUGAGGCACUCCCAUCAUUUGUUUAUGUCGUCCAGUUUUUCUUUGGAGCACUUUAGUCUUUUUUUUUUUCUUUUUUAGAUCCGAGCGAUGCUGAAAAUGUUUUUUAAUUAAAUUUAUAUUAGAAAGAGAAAUUUUUCUCUGUAAGUUAUCGCUUCGUGGUUUUAAGUUGUCCCUCAAAAAUCUGAAGAAAAAUCACGAAUAUUCAAAGCUAACUGGAAAAUCCACCGUGUGUGUGUGUGUGGUGUGUUUUUGAUUUUAUUAUUAUUAUUAUUUUUAUACACCAGCGUUUUGCGUUAUUGUGAAAUGUUUCUAGUACUUUGUAUAUAAUUUUAGUCUUUUUUUUUGUGUGUGUGUGAAUUUGAAGCCACAAAAUUCUGCCAGUGUUUUUUUUUUUUGUUUGUUUAGCAGCUGGUUUUUAAAACUUUUUCUCUUAAAUUUUUCUUCUGGAAAUAAUAGAAAUAAUGAGGUACUAAAGAGGAACAUUUAUGAUGCUUGUUUUUUAAAGUAUCUCCCAGUUUACAAUUAUAUAUAUAUAAAAAGUAGCUUUAAGUUCAUAUUUUACCCACUUUAAUCUAAAAAAAACAAGAUUUUGAGGAGUGAAAAGUUUCUUUUAACCUCUAUUUGAAAUAUGUGAAUUUAAAAUAUGAGGAAAAAGGGAAAAUUAUUUUGGAGCAGAAUAAAUAUUUUUGGGGAGAUCCAUCAUAAAAUUUGUUUAUACAGAAAAUGAUUUGAAAUUGAUUUAUGUACGUUUUUAACUUUCAGCCACAAUGUCGUGUUGUUUUUAUAAUGUACAAAUCCUCCUUGUUUGUUUAUUUGUUUGUUUGUUUUUCUGUACAGUCUGAAUGAAAAACGUGUAUUAACCUUUAUAAUAGUUUCUGGAUGGAUUCUGGUAGCUGGAGCAGUUAGUGUGAACUCACAACUUCAUUCUUUCAUUUUGACAAUAAACUGAUUACAGUA